GUGCCCUUGCCUGUCCGUGUCACGGCGGGAUGCUGGUGGCGGCAGCGGCGCGGGGCCUGGCGCGGGCCGCGCUGCGAGCUGGCGCAGGCCCGGCGGCGGCGGUCCAGGCCCGGCUGACGGGGAGCUCCGCCGCAGACACUCGCCCUACUGUCAGACCAAAAAAUGAAGUAGAACAGAAGCAGCUGUGUGCUUUUGGGGAGUAUGUGGCUGAGAUUAUGCCCAAGUAUAUCCAGCAAGCACAGGUGACCAGUUUCAAUGAGCUGGAACUUCUGAUCCAUCCAGAUGGGAUCAUUCCAGUUCUGACCUUCCUUCGAGACCACACUAACGCCCAGUUCAAAUCCUUGGCUGACUUGACUGCAGUUGAUGUCCCAUCUCGGCAGUAUCGCUUUGAGAUUGUGUACAAUCUCCUGUCUCUGCGGUUCAACAGUCGGAUCCGGGUGAAGACAUACACUGAUGAGCUGACACCCAUUGACUCAGCAGUGUCUGUGCACAAGGCAGCAAACUGGUAUGAAAGAGAGGUGUGGGACAUGUUUGGUGUUUUCUUUGCCAACCACCCUGACCUAAGGCGAAUCCUCACAGACUAUGGGUUUGAGGGCCAUCCUUUCCGGAAGGACUUUCCACUCUCUGGUUACGUGGAGGUGCGGUAUGACGAUGAAGUGAAACGGGUGGUGGCAGAGCCUGUGGAGCUAGCUCAGGAGUUUCGCAAAUUUGAUCUGAAUAGUCCUUGGGAGGCAUUUCCUGCCUAUCGUCCAGCCCCAGAAACCCUGAAAAUAGAAGCAGGAGCCAAGAAAGAAGAUGCAAAAUAGCAGCAGAAUGGAGCGGGUGCACGGCACCAUCCUUUCUGUUCUUACAUAGUAUUUAUAAUAAUAAAAAUUGAUAUGAGA